CAGCAUUUUAGUGAUGGUGAUUUCUUUGCCAGUAUGGUGGUGGAUGCUGCACUGGCAGUUAAAUACACAGACCAGAAGGGUCAGGCUCGGUAUCCAAUCAACUCUGUUAAUGUUUUGAAGGCACAUGGCCGCAGCCAAAAAGAGAGCAUACUUGUGAACGGUUAUGCUCUGAACUGCGUGGUGGGCUCACAGGGUAUGACCAAGAGAAUAGUUAAUGCAAAGAUUGCAUGCCUUGACUUCAGCCUGCAGAAAGCAAAAAUGAAGCUUGGUGUUCAGGUUGUUAUCUCAGACCCUGAGAAGCUGGACCAGAUACGGCAGAGAGAGUCAGAUAUUACCAAAGAAAGGAUCCAGAAGAUUUUGGCCACUGGUGCCAAUGUUAUUCUCACCACUGGAGGUAUUGAUGAUAUGUGUCUGAAAUACUUUGUUGAUGCUGGUGCUAUGGCAGUACGAAGAGUUGUAAAAAAGGACCUUAAGCGAAUUGCUAAGGCAUCUGGAGCAACCAUAUGUUCAACUCUUGCAAACCUUGAAGGUGAGGAGAGUUUUGAGGCAUUAAUGCUGGGACAGGCCGAAGAAGUCAUUCAAGAGAGAAUCUGUGACGAUGAGUUGAUUUUAAUCAAGAAUACAAAGGCUCGUACCUCAGCAUCCAUUAUCUUACGAGGAGCUAAUGACUUCAUGUGUGAUGAAAUGGAACGAUCUAUACAUGAUGCUCUCUGUGUUGUUAAAAGGGUAUUGGAAUCCAAGUCUGUUGUCCCAGGUGGUGGUGCUGUAGAGGCAGCACUUUCAAUAUAUCUUGAAAAUUAUGCAACCAGCAUGGGAUCCCGUGAACAACUUGCAAUAGCAGAAUUUGCAAGAUCCCUGUUAAUAAUUCCAAAUACGUUGGCAGUAAAUGCCGCUCAAGAUGCGACAGAUCUUGUUGCAAAGUUGAGAGCAUUCCACAACGAGGCUCAAGUUAACCCAGAUCGCAAAAAUCUGAAAUGGAUUGGUCUUGACUUGAUCAAUGGAAAACCUCGUGAUAACAAGCAAGCUGGUGUCUUUGAACCAACUAUGGUCAAAACAAAGAGCCUGAAGUUUGCAACAGAAGCUGCAAUUACUAUUCUUCGAAUUGAUGAUCUUAUUAAACUGCACCCUGAAACUAAAGAAGAGAGAGGGUGCUAUGAGGAUGCAGUUCACUCUGGAGCACUUGAAGAAUAACUUAGGUUUUAUUUAUGUUUGUCUAACUUACACUUCCCACUCUUGUAACUAAAAUGUUAAUAAAGCAAGUGGUUGAAUGCUGCUGCUA